AUGCGAGAUCUUGAAUCUGUUUGCUGGUCUGAAGCAAGGAUUGAAUUGCGGCAAUGGAGGGUUGUGGAGGAAGGGGAGGGCUGUGGAGCAAAGGACCAUCAGCUUCCUUUAGGGAGCUAUCCACAGACUCUUGGCACUUUUGAAAUAGCAAAUAUCAUUUACUUCAGCUAUUCAAUUCGAGAGGCAGAGGAAGCAGAGGACAUGGGUAGUGUGAAAGCAGUUGCUCUUAUCACCGGAGAUUCCAAAGUCCGAGGCUCUCUUCAUUUCGUUCAGGAUGCCAGCGGGCCUACGCAAGUAAAAGGGAGAAUUACUGGGCUCUCUCCGGGCCUCCAUGGUUUCCAUAUUCACGCUCUUGGUGAUACCUCCAAUGGUUGCAAUUCCACUGGACCUCAUUUUAAUCCACUGAAGAAGGACCAUGGAGCUCCUUCAGAUAAGGAGCGUCACGCAGGUGAUUUGGGUAACGUUGCUGCAGGCCCAGAUGGAGUUGCUGAGGUUUCUCUUAAGGACUGGCAGAUUCCACUAAGCGGACCUCAUUCCAUUCUUGGGAGGGCAGUUGUAGUGCAUGCUGAUCCUGAUGAUCUUGGCAAAGGUGGACAUGAACUCAGCAAGACUACUGGGAAUGCAGGAGCAAGAGUUGGAUGUGGUAUCAUUGGCCUUAAGUCAUCUGUUUAG